CUCCCAGUUGCGGGUUCCUCCUCGGUGCUGACACAGACACACACACACACACUCACACAGACACUCGAUAUUUCCAUCUAUCAGUUGUGUGUUGAGCAAGUACUGAACGACAUGGCGACGGUACAGAAAAAGACGACACGUACGACAAAGAAAGUUUCCACCGAGACGAGGGGUGAGGCGCAGACCCAGUCAUCUGUGACACAGUCCUCGCAAAUGUCGACACACAAGACCGUCUCCAUCACAAAGAAGGGACAGUUUUUCAGUGAUUCGUGUUUUGAGGACACUCGUCAGGACUUCCAGGAUGCUAUCAAGGAUGUCUUGACGAAAUGUGGUGACAAGACGACCAAGGGAGAUGAACUAACCACCUACCGGACCCUUCGAACCCGUGAACUCAAGGACGAGACCCAAGCCAUUAAAUCGUCCGACGAUGAACUCUACCACAAGAUUGUCGUGGAUGUCAACGAUUUCAUAAACGGCGGAGAGGUGAAUGUGAGGACGGUGGAGGAGAGGGAGGUGGUGGUGGAGGGCCGUGUGGAGAGGCAGGUGGGCAACACCAGGUCCAGCAAAAGCUUUAAACGAAGCUUCACCCUCCCAGACAACAUCCAGGUGGAGGCUCUCACUGCCGUCGUCUCUUCUGAUGGCGUCCUUAUCAUCAGAGCUCCCAAGAAACCAUCAGCGGCGACGCCCUCAGAAGUCAGCAUUACAAAGACUCAAGUGAAGAAGCAAGUGCAGAGCUCAGUCACCACCGAGACAGAUGGACAAGCCGUCGAUAAAACCGUAUCUGCUCAAACACAGAAUGUUAGCCAGGCGACAAAACAAGCACAGAAGAGCGUGGUCAGCCAACAGGUAACCCAACAGACCAAAACUGCGAGUGACACCACCGCCACUGAGCCUGGCUGUAGGGCUCUGCCCAUUACCAAGAAAGGCAGCUUCUUCGACGACUCCUUCUUUGAGGAUUCUCGCCAGAAUUUCCAGCAGGCUAUCAAGCAGGUGCUGGAGAAGUUCAACGAGACAUCUACUCAAACUGACGAUAUCACCACCUACAGGAACCUUCGUCAGCGCAACCUGAAGGAGGAGAACCAAGCAGUAACUGUGAAAGAAGACCAACAUACUCAUAAGAUAAUCGUAGACGUACAAGACUUUGUGAACGGUGGAGAAGUGACCGUGAAGACAGUGGAUAACCGAGAGGUGGUCAUCGAGGGUCACAUUGAGAAGCAGGAGGGCAACACCAGGUCCUCAAAACGCUUCUGUAAACGAUUUGUUCUGCCAGAAGAUAUUGACGUAGAGACCGUGACGUCUGUGGUGUCAACUGAUGGAGUGCUCACUAUCAUAGCUCCAAGAAAGCCUUCAGCUAAGCCUGUGAUGGACGUCAGUGUUCAGAAAACAGAAACUAAGAAACAAGUUCAGACUUCAACAGUCACAACGACUGAAGGACAAGACGUCAAGGAAGCUCAGGUGACAACCCAGGAAGUUGCAAAGGAUGCACAGGACGUUACCAGCCAGCAACAAACUGUUCAACAGAAGACAGUAUCCACUGUGACCCAGCAGGAGGAGGCUCCCGUUACCAUUCAGAAGAUUACCAAGGUGAUGAAAACUGUUACAACCACAGAAAGUGAGGAAGAUAGUGAACCAACUCCUGUCCAAACACCAGAAGUUAAGGAAACUGAUGAAACUGUUGUUCGUCAACAAGUUGUGACCCAACAGACCAAAACUGUGAGUGACACCACCGCCACUGAGCCUGGCAGUAGGGCUCUGCCCAUUACCAAGAAAGGCGGCUUCUUCGACGACUCCUUCUUUGAGGAUUCUCGCCAGAAUUUCCAGCAGGCUAUCAAGCAGGUGCUGGAGAAGUUCAACGAGACGUCUACUCAAACUGACGAUAUCACCACCUACAGGAACCUUCGUCAGCGUAAUCUGAAGGAGGAGAACCAAGCAGUAACUGUGAAAGAAGACCAACAAACUCAUAAGAUAAUUGUAGACGUACAAGACUUUGUGAACGGUGGAAAAGUGACCGUGAAGACAGUGGAUAACCGAGAGGUGGUCAUCGAGGGUCACAUUGAGAAGCAGGAAGGCAACACCAGGUCCUCAAAACGCUUCUGUAAACGAUUUGUUCUGCCAGAAGAUAUUGACGUAGAGACCGUGACGUCUGUGGUGUCAACUGAUGGAGUGCUCACUAUCAUAGCUCCAAGAAAGCCUUCAGCUAAGCCUGUGAUGGACGUCAGUGUUCAGAAAACAGAAACUAAGAAACAAGUUCAGACUUCAACAGUCACAACGACUGAAGGACAAGACGUCAAGGAAGCUCAGGUGACAACCCAGGAAGUUGCAAAGGAUGCACAGGACGUUACCAGCCAGCAACAAACUGUUCAACAGAAGACAGUAUCCACUGUGACCGAGCAGGAGGAGGCUCCCGUUACCAUUCAGAAGAUUACCAAGGUGAUGAAAACUGUUACAACCACAGAAAGUGAGGAAGAUAGUGAACCAACUCCUGUCCAAACACCAGAAGUUAAGGAAACUGAUGAAACUGUUGUUCGUCAACAAGUUGUGACCCAACAGACCAAAACUGUGAGUGACACCACCGCCACUGAGCCUGGCAGUAGGGCUCUGCCCAUUACCAAGAAAGGCGGCUUCUUCGACGACUCCUUCUUUGAGGAUUCUCGCCAGAAUUUCCAGCAGGCUAUCAAGCAGGUGCUGGAGAAGUUCAACGAGACGUCUACUCAAACUGACGAUAUCACCACCUACAGGAACCUUCGUCAGCGCAACCUGAAGGAGGAGAACCAAGCAGUAACUGUGAAAGAAGACCAACAAACUCAUAAGAUAAUUGUAGACGUACAAGACUUUGUGAACGGUGGAAAAGUGACCGUGAAGACAGUGGAUAACCGAGAGGUGGUCAUCGAGGGUCACAUUGAGAAGCAGGAAGGCAACACCAGGUCCUCAAAACGCUUCUGUAAACGAUUUGUUCUGCCAGAAGAUAUUGACGUAGAGACCGUGACGUCUGUGGUGUCAACUGAUGGAGUGCUCACUAUCAUAGCUCCAAGAAAGCCUUCAGCUAAGCCUGUGAUGGACGUCAGUGUUCAGAAAACAGAAACUAAGAAACAAGUUCAGACUUCAACAGUCACAACGACUGAAGGACAAGACGUCAAGGAAGCUCAGGUGACAACCCAGGAAGUUGCAAAGGAUGCACAGGACGUUACCAGCCAGCAACAAACUGUUCAACAGAAGACAGUAUCCACUGUGACCGAGCAGGAGGAGGCUCCCGUUACCAUUCAGAAGAUUACCAAGGUGAUGAAAACUGUUACAACCACAGAAAGUGAGGAAGAUAGUGAACCAACUCCUGUCCAAACACCAGAAGUUAAGGAAACUGAUGAAACUGUUGUUCGUCAACAAGUUGUGACCCAACAGACCAAAACUGUGAGUGACACCACCGCCACUGAGCCUGGCAGUAGGGCUCUGCCCAUUACCAAGAAAGGCGGCUUCUUCGACGACUCCUUCUUUGAGGAUUCUCGCCAGAAUUUCCAGCAGGCUAUCAAGCAGGUGCUGGAGAAGUUCAACGAGACGUCUACUCAAACUGACGAUAUCACCACCUACAGGAACCUUCGUCAGCGCAACCUGAAGGAGGAGAACCAAGCAGUAACUGUGAAAGAAGACCAUCAAACUCAUAAGAUAAUCGUAGACGUACAAGACUUUGUGAACGGUGGAGAAGUGACCGUGAAGACAGUGGAUAACCGAGAGGUGGUCAUCGAGGGUCACAUUGAGAAGCAGGAAGGCAACACCAGGUCCUCAAAACGCUUCUGUAAACGAUUUGUUCUGCCAGAAGAUAUUGACGUAGAGACCGUGACGUCUGUGGUGUCAACUGAUGGAGUGCUCACUAUCAUAGCUCCAAGAAAGCCUUCAGCUAAGCCUGUGAUGGACGUCAGUGUUCAGAAAACAGAAACUAAGAAACAAGUUCAGACUUCAACAGUCACAACGACUGAAGGACAAGACGUCAAGGAAGCUCAGGUGACAACCCAGGAAGUUGCAAAGGAUGCACAGGACGUUACCAGCCAGCAACAAACUGUUCAACAGAAGACAGUAUCCACUGUGACCCAGCAGGAGGAGGCUCCCGUUACCAUUCAGAAGAUUACCAAGGUGAUGAAAACUGUUACAACCACAGAAAGUGAGGAAGAUAGUGAACCAACUCCUGUCCAAACACCAGAAGUUAAGGAAACUGAUGAAACUGUUGUUCGUCAACAAGUUGUGACCCAACAGACCAAAACUGUGAGUGACACCACCGCCACUGAGCCUGGCAGUAGGGCUCUGCCCAUUACCAAGAAAGGCGGCUUCUUCGACGACUCCUUCUUUGAGGAUUCUCGCCAGAAUUUCCAGCAGGCUAUCAAGCAGGUGCUGGAGAAGUUCAACGAGACGUCUACUCAAACUGACGAUAUCACCACCUACAGGAACCUUCGUCAGCGUAAUCUAAAGGAGGAGAACCAAGCAGUAACUGUGAAAGAAGACCAACAAACCCAAAAGAUGAUUGUAGACGUACAGGACUUUAUAAAUGGUGGAGAGGUUACCGUCAGGAUAGUAAACAAACGGGAGGUAGUCAUCGAGGGUCGCAUCGAGAAGCAGGAGGGCAACACCAGGUCCUCAAAACGCUUCUGUAAACGAUUCGUGCUGGCAGAAGAUAUUGACGAGGAAACCGUGACGUCUGUGGUGUCUGCUGAUGGAGUGCUCACUGUUAUUGCUCCCAAAAAGCCUACAAGAAAGCAAGUAGAAGCUCCCGUGAGCACCGAGAAAAUUACGAAAGUGGUGAAAACUAUCACAACCACAGAAGGACAAGACGUUAGUGAACCAACACCAGCCAAAACAACACAAGUUGUUAAGGGAACCGAUGAGAAGACUGUAUCUACUGUUAGCCAGCAGAAGACUGUGUCAGACACCACCACCACCACUACCGACGUCGUGAGAAGGAUUAUAACCAUCAUUAAAAAAGGUUUCUUCUUCGAGGACUCCUUCUUUGAGGAUUCUCGUCAACUUUUCCAAUCAGCUGUCAGGAAGGUGCUGGAAAAGUUCAACGAGACGUCUUCAAAGACUGACGAUAUCACCACCUACAGGAACCUUCGUCAGCGUAACCUGAAGGAGGAAAACCAAGCCGUCACAGUUAAUGAAGGCCAACAGGUGCACAAGAUUAUUGUUGAUGUCAAAGAUUUCAUAACUGAUGGAAAGGUGACAGUGAAGACGGUGAACGAGAGAGAGGUGGUUAUUGAAGGCCAGGUAGAGAAGCAGGAGGGCAACACCAAGUCUACUAAACGCUUCUGUAAACGAUUUGUUCUGCCGGAAGAUAUUGACGUCGAGUCCGUCUCUUCUGUGGUGUCAGCUGAUGGUGUGCUCACUAUCAUAACUCAAAAGAAGGUGACAAAAACUACCGUGGUAACUAAGCAAGAUGCGACAGUUGCCAAGACAGACACAAGUAAGAAGGAAGUCAGCUCAGACACAUCACAAACCUCUAAAACUGUGACAACGUCCAAGAAGACUGUUGACCGCAGCACCAUCACUAGGACUAUUACCGUGGUGACGAAGGGAGCUUUCUCCACCGACUCCGCCUUUGCUAAUAUCCGCCAAGAGUUCCAGUCAUCCAUCAAAACUGUCAUUGAGAAAUUUAAGCUAAAGUCCUCCGGUUCUGACGACUUCACCACCUAUAGGAAUUUCCGUAAGAGUAACCCAAAGAAUGAAAAUCAAGCUGUGUCUAUGAAAGAUACUGACGAGGCCAUGACGAUGGUGCUCGAUGUGUGCGACUUCAUUGGAGGUCUGAAGGUGCAGCUAAUCGAGGGAAAAGAGAUUAAAGUAGAGGGUAAAGGAAACAGACAGCAGGGGUCAUCAGUGGUGAGCUUCAGUUUCAUGCGAGGUUUCCAACUGUAUGACAACACAGACCUGGACGCUAUCACCGCCGUCAUGUCAUCAGAGGGGAUCCUUACUAUCAUCGCUCCCAAGAUGAAAUAGAGAGCUGUUUUCCGCAUGAGCUUUUUGUUAUUGAUGAGCUUAUGUAAUUGCUAAUUAACAGUAGUAUAUAAACGAUUAAAGAGCAGAUUAGCUGUUGAAACGCAGUAAUACAUAAUAACAUCAAUAACGUAAAAUAACGUUCAAUAUUCAAGAGACACACUGUAGCUUAUGCCAGUUUAAUAUUAAUGUUAAUUUUAACACGUAUAUAUAAAGACAUAACGAUUUAACACCACACGAUUUGUAUUCGAAAAUUCACGAUUCACAUUUUAAUAUCAAUGUUUAAAUAGGUAUCUAACAAAGAACUACUUCAUUUUAUCCAUUAUCAACAAUUUCCUCAUCUUUACAGACAACCUUUUUAGGCUCGAGCGUCUAAGUUGGCAGCUGCCUACCUAGACACGUGUCAUUCUAAAGGGAAAAAAAAGAUAAAUGCGAAGAUUUUUAGAAAAGUCGCUAUUUUGAUUUCACCUUAAUGCUAGCCAUGAUUAUUAUGUUAAGGUAAAAAAAAAAGAGAGGGAAUGUUGCCCAAGUUUAUCCUAAAAUAUAUAUUUUUUUUAUCAUCACAAAAACAUCCAGGAAGAAUGUUCUAUUUUCAUCCCAUGAGUGUAGAAGUUAAGAGGUUGUAGAGUUAGUCACACGCAAGACGAGCAUUCUCACGGCGGCAGAUGACAUUAAUACACCAAGACAACGAAUAAGACUAAAAAAACAUUUACUUCCAUGGUUAGAUUCUCAAAAGAUUAAAAAAAAAAUGUUCUUCAACUUGUGCGGCCUUUGUGUGGUUUCGAAUAUAUUCUUUAGACCAUUAAGUGAAACAGACGAUAAAAUUCUUGUAGUUUUCCUGGAAGAGGAAAAUGUAUAGUAGGAAUUUAUGAACAAUUACACCAGACCAAACUAAAAGACGCAAAGCAAAUAUCUUUUUCUAGUGUGGAGAUAUGAUACCUUAAUUGUCACCAACAAUAACAAUGCAAAUUAUUGACCCAUAGCCUGAUCAACACUAUAGUCAAAUCUACAUAUCUAUGCUUCAAUAGUAUAGACGAAAGUCUUUUAAAAGCGCUGAUACUUUAGAUAUAAUAGACAUUUUAUUUUAUUUUAUAUAUAUAGAGGACCAUAUAGCAAUUUUAUGAAAAAAUAUUUAACGUAAAGACCAGUGUGUUGAGUUUAUAUAUUUGCUUAUUAACUUGCAGAAUCAGCAGGCAUAAAGGCCAUAUAUACGUUCAUUUCAUAUCUAUAUACACUAAUUAUUAAUGUUAUUAAGACUUAGUGACUCAUUUAACACUAUGAUCAUAUAAUAAGCUUCAUAGAUAGGCAUUUAUUCAGUAAAAUCGUCCGUAAUUCUUUAGUCAUUUAAUUCUUAACUCAUUACACUUGCCAACACUGAUCUUAUGUGAUAGAAGGUAUAAGGGCGGUGUGUGUGUGUCGUCAGUAGUUGGGGAGGGUUACCAUGACUGUCUUAACAUAAUAAAGUCCUCACUGGACAUCUUAACGAAAAAAAUAGGUUUUUAAUACAUCCACAACCUUAAUACUAUUGUUGUAAUGAAGAACAUACACAGACACACACACACACGUACUGCUUUAAGAAUGAGUACUCAGUGACUUCUUAACAUACUCACCAUAUUAGCCACAUUACAAACACCACAAACCAGACCUAAUGAGCUUGUUAGUGUCAUGAUUUUACUUUUAUUUGACAGAUUAUCUGCCAUUUUUUUACGAAUUUUUUAAUUUAUGUCAGAAUUAAGAGCGCUUCUAGUAACAUACAGCGUUAGUUUCAGGUUAUAAAGUAGUUUUAUAUUAAUAGUAUCUCUCAGUAUGAAAAUCAGUGUCUUGAGUAUAUCCCAAAUCAUACACAUUUUACAUCCUUAUAUAAAGUUUAAUUUUUUUGUCAAAUUAUA